AUGGCCGCCCUGAAUAGGUUCCUCUCACGGUCCGCGGUAAGGGGGCUCCCUUUCUUCCGAAUUCUAAAAGCGCCAAAGGACUUUCAGUGGACCGAGGAGUGCCAGAAGGCCUUCACCUAUCUGAAGGCGUAUCUAGCCGAGCUGCCCACCCUGACUGCCCCGGAGCAGGGAGAAACCUUGUUCCUGUACUUGUCCGCUUGCAACGAGACCGUCAGCGCGAUUUUGGUGCGGGAAGACAGGGGGGCUCAGAGGCCAAUAUAUUAUGUUAGCCGCGCCUUGCAAGGUCCGGAAACGCGGUAUACGCCGGCAGAGAAACUGGUCCUCGCCCUGGUACAUGCUGCCCGGAAGCUCCGACCAUACUUCCAAACCCACAGCAUUGUGGUCAUGACCGAUCAGCCCUUGCGACAGAUACUCACAAAACCUGAGGUCUCGGGUAGGAUGACUAAGUGGGUCGUCGAGCUUCCCGAGCACGACAUCGGCUACCAGCCCCGCACCGCUAUCAAAGCCCAGACCCUAGCAGACUUCCUCGCCGAAGGAGCUAGUCUGUCCACAACUGAGCCGAGCACUCUGCCAGAGGAUGCCAGGCCGGUAGAAUCUUGGGUACUGUUCGUGGACGGGGCCUCGAGCAAGGAGGGAAGCGGAGCUGGCCUGCUACUCACCUCGCCCACCGGGGAGGAGCUGACCUACGCACUCAGGUUUGCCUUCCCGGCAUCCAAUAACGAGACCGAUUACGAGGCCCUCUUGACAGGGUUGCGGAUAACCCACCAGAUGGGUGUGACCGCGAUCAAGGUUCGGAGCGACUCUCAGCUCGUAGUCAACCAAGUCCGCGGGGAAUACGAAGCUAAGGAGGAUGUCAUGAAGAAAUAUUUGGCCAAGGUCCGAGAGGCGGGAGCCCUGUUUGACAUUUUCGAAAUCGAGCGGGUGCCGAGGUCACAGAACAAGCGAGCGGACGCCCUGUCGAAAUUGGCAUCCUCUUCGUUCGCCCACCUUUGCAAGAAAGUCCUAGUUGAGGUGGUCAAACAAAAAAGCGUUGAUCAGGUUCAGGUCCAGGCCAUAGACAGCCCGGCCUCAUGGAUGACCCCCAUCGUAGAUUUCCUUCGCUCGGGAAACCUCCCCGUCAACAAAAUCGAAUCCCGCCGACUCCAGCUCCGAGCUGCUAAGUGCGCCUACGCCGAAGGGACCCUCUAUAGGAGGUCUUAUUCAUCUCCCUAG